UCUUAUGGCUUAUCAGUUCAUUUCUUUUUAGUUUUGUGAUCAAACUUGUUGUGAACUAUAUUUUCUAUUUUCCUCUAGAACUAAUAAUUUUUCUUCUCACAUUUAUUUAAAACGCAAUUCGCGAGAAAAUUUCUUGGUUAAGAAAUGUCGGUUCAUAGCCAAUCAAAACUUGUAGCUGUAGAAGAAUCUCAUCGAUUUAUGUUUGACUGUUUCAAGGCAGUUCAUGUACCAGAUGAUCAUGCUCGUGCAAUGGCUGACCUUCUUAUAGCAGCCGAUCAUAGAGGACACUUUAGCCAUGGAAUGAACCGCCUUGAAAUGUAUCUUAAUGAUUUAGCGAUAAAUUCUACCAAUGCAUCAGCAGUGCCAGAAAUAAUCAACGAAACACCGGCUACAGCAUGGGUUGAUGGAAAGAAUGGCCUUGGAGCUGUGGUGGGUAACUAUUGCAUGGACUUGGCAAUUAAGAAAGCUAAAAUAGUUGGAGUUGGUUGGGUUUGUGCAAAACGUUCAAAUCACUAUGGAAUAGCUGGAUGGUACUCCAAGCGGGCAAUGGAGCACGGUAUGGUCGGUAUAUCAAUGACCAACACCUCACCUGCUAUGGCACCAACUCGUUCUAAAGAAGCUGCGUUGGGUACCAAUCCUUUGGCGUUUGGUGCUCCAGCUAAAAAGGAUAAGUUUCUACUGGACAUGGCAACAACAAGUGUGGCAAUGGGUAAAAUUGAAAUUCAGCGAAGAAAAGGUGAUUCUUUACCUGAUGGCUGGGCUCAAGAUCCUGAGGGCAAACAGACCAAUGAUGCUGAGUUAGCAUAUAAAACAAGAUGUCUCAUGCCUUUGGGUGGCCUCGAAUUGACUAUAAUUGAAAAUCAAAAAACUGAUCCUUUGAAGCCAGUUCUAGUGCCAGGAGACAAAGAAGAUGCUAUAAUGGAAGCUGUUAAUCAAUCUGGGGGAAUUCAGUACCUUGAAAACCAACUCAAGUGCUGUGAGGAGCUUUCGAAAAGACUGAAUGUCAAACCAAUGGAAUUUAUAAUGAAAUAA